UAAAGCCCAAUAAUUGAAUAUCCAUAUUACACCUCAAUAUUUCUCAAUCCAAAAUCUGAACCCUAGAUCUAAAAUAGAGCAUAAAAGUCAAAUAAAGAACAAAGGGUAAAACAGGAAACAAAAAUAAACGAAGAAAAAUGGGUUUCGUUUAGGAGAGAGAAAAAGAAAUUCAGAAGAAUAAAUACGUGGUGAUGCUGCAGUAGCCUUCACUUCCACCACCAAAGCAGCCAAGAGAAAAAAAAAAAAAGAAAAAAAAAAAAGCAAAAAAAACUCUUCUCGAGGAUUUUGAGGAGAGAGAAACUGCAGAAGAAGACGACACAGUCACACACACAAAGAAGCACAAGGUUGAAGAUGAACUAAGAAUUAUUUCAAUAUUUUUCUUCAAUUUUUCUGCUAUUUUUUGUUGUUGAUUUUAGAGAGAGAAUACAAAGAAGGUUCGAUUUUCCUGCGUUUUUGAGGAGAGAUGAUGAUGAAUUUUGCACCGAUGAAGCAGCAGAAUCUCAGAAAAACCCUAUUUAUUGCCGCCAUCUUUAAUGGAGAAUAGAGGAUUUUUCUGUUGUUUAUUGAUAAUUGGAAGGACUCAAGUUUCUGGUUAAUCGAUGUUGAUGAUGAUGCAGAAGAAUUUCUGGAACAAUUAAAUUAAUUUUUUUUUUGUUUUUAUGGAAGAUCUAUUGAAUCGAGUGGUUAAGGUGAAGAUCGAGUGAUAUUAUCGAUUGAAUCUCAAGGUAUUGAAAGUUAUAGAAAGUAGUCGGAGUGCAUCAAGACUUGCCAGAAAGACAGUAUCUAAAAUCAUAAAGUAUUAUACUUUAUUUUCCCCAGCAAGUUCAGUGUUUCAAAAUGCCUGUAUCGGAGACUGAAAAGCGUGGAGUACUAGCAUCAGGCUGUCGCUUUAGUAACAAGGCAGAGCACGUACCUAUCAAAAAGAGAAGAUUCUUGUUAAGGUCCCCGUCACCACCGCCAGUUUACAACUCUCCAUGUGCGGAGGAGAUUGCAGAUCAAACGAGAAGUCAAGAUGUUUCAAUCAAACUUUUACCUUUGCAAUCUUCAAUGUCUGACAUUAGUUCGAGCCAGAUUGUUGAGAAUAAAAAUCGCAUUGAUGCUAAGAAAACUUGCAAUUCUAACAAAAGCUUCGGUGAAGAUGAAGACUUCUCUGGUAUAUCAAUACUUGCAGCUGCUGCCUGCAGUAGCAGUUUGGGAAGAGAUUGUGGUUAUGCGGAGGAUGGUUCAGGCAUUGAAGAGUCUUCUGUGCUGGAGCGAGCGCGGGAAGUUUCUACUUAUGCUGAAGCACCUUCAUUACCUAAGGGUUUAUCAAAGGAAGACAUUAUUAAUUCGUCUGAAAUGUCAAGUGGAGCAACAUCAUCCUGUAUAUCCAUAGAGCCAGUUGUAGAGCUUGCAUCUAUCUCAAACACUGUAAAUUCAUCUCAAAAUGUUGUUGCUGUUGGAAAAAUGAAGGAUGUUUCCUUGGGCUUUUCUGCGGAUGUUUCAUGCAGCAAAGAUGAAGAUGAAGGGAAAGACCAGAGACAAUCUUCCCGAGAUGUUAGGUUGCAUUGGGACUUGAAUGUUGUGAUGGAUGCUUGGGAACAGCCUUUUGAUGAUCCAGGAGUUCAGAAUGUUGUUGCUCCUGACAUUUCUCAAGAUGCUGGAAAAGUCGACCAUAAUGACAAUAUGGAAAUAAAAGCCCAUGAUUCACGAGAAAAUUUGGAAACUAUGCAUGCUGCUAAAAGCUGCCUAGUCCCUGGUGAACAGAGAUCACCGGCAAAUCAAAGUUCAGUUGAUAUCAAGGACAAUUAUGAUAUAGAUUCUUGCCUCAAUCUGAAGCAGCCUCUAUGCGUAGGUGAGAAGCCUCUUUCAACCAACUCCAAUCUUAACUUGGAUGUUGUGAAGUGUAUGGUUGAAGACUCUAAAAGCAUGCACCAUGAUGAAAAUAUUGAUCCUACUGUUGGAUUAGUUGCUGCUGCCCCUGAUCAGACUGCUCAAUUGUCAGCUUCUUAUACUGUAAAUGAGGUUGAUGACUCUUCUGUGAAGAGUCCUGAUUUGAAUGAUAAUAGUGUAAGAUAUGAGCCAGUAAUUGAGGGGUUAAAAACAGAUGGUGGUGUGUCUUCUUGUCAGUUGCAGAAUUUUGGAAAUGCUUGUGCUUCAGAUGCUACAUUUGGUGCUGUGUCUGCCGAUAGUUAUAUUAGUUUGUGUGUGUCAUCAAGCUCAAAGGUUAAACAAAAUGUCACAGUUCCAGAGGAUUUGGAGACACCUGAGAAUUUUCAUCACGAAGAAAAAUCUUCAAUAGAGAAUGCUGACCUGAAAACUGUAGAGCAUCAAGAGCAUGCUGAAGUUGCUGUAUCAGAUGAUAAUGCCCCUGUUCACACUGAGGCAUCCAACUCUGUGCCUAAAAGAUUUUUGACGGUUGGCACUGAUGCUAAUGGUGAGCUCCAGGAGGGUUAUGAUUCCCAAUAUGAAGAUGGGGAGCUUAGAGAGUCAAGUGAACAUGCUUGGGAAGAAUAUGAUGCUGGUGAUAGAGAAGCUGAAAAUAUAGACUAUAUUUCGAACUACAGAGAAACGCAUAUGGCCAAUUCAAGUGAGGACCACGUCUCCGAGUCUGUACAAGAUGAAGAUAGAAAGAGCGGGAGGCUGGGAACUGCUGCUGCUGUCGCUUUUCAUGAUUGUAAAAAUGAUAAAGAGGUUUUUGAAGUAGCUUCUGAAGCAGUUGUGAAUGAUAGGGAACAUGAUGAAGGUAACCAAAUGAAAUCGAGUCAUGCUGGAGGGAAAACAGAAAUAAUUCAGCAAAAGGAACUGCUUGAGAGUAGCAAGAGCUUUUCAGAUAUGGGAAAUCAAGGCAUAGAUGAUAUCAGGAGAAAGAAUAGAAUGCCUGGUCAUAUUGAUGGACCGCUAGAUCCCCAAGAUGAUGAAACUAGAGUGGAACCAAAAGCAUUCAGAAGGGGCUUGCAGUCACAGAUUGAAGGCCCAAUUUCUCGUGAUCAUGCAUAUAGGGAGGAGCGUUUCAAGAAAAUGGAGAAUAGAUUUGAGCUUGGCUCCAUGAGAUCGUUUGAGAGGCCGCGGUAUUCAUUUCACAGUCAAGGUAGAGGACGCCAAGGUGGUAGGUGGGAUGGUUCAUCAGACAAUCGUAGAAGUUUCAGGCGUUACUCACCUAUUAUCCAUGGACAUUCAAAACUCGAUGUUGAUGCUAGUGUGGAGAGAGAUGACCAUGCAUGUGUUGGCACUCAAGAUGACGCAUCAUAUUCUCAACAACUUCCCAAAAGUCGAGCUGGUGCUGAUAGAGAGCCUUGUGCUGGAUUUCACUCGCGUUAUAAUACUGAUAGGAAGUUUAGCCCUGAUAGAGCUGGAGACUUUGGUCGGGGAAGAUCCUUCAGGUAUGGCCCUUUUUCUGAAAGCAGAGGAGGCAGGGGAAGGUUUAGUGGGCCUUCUCCAGAUGAAUCGUUCCAAUCCUCCUUAAAAUACCGGCGUCCUUUGUCCCGCAGAGAGAGAAGUAUUUCUCCAUUUGGUGGUAGAGGGCAGUCAAAUAUACAUCACUCUCGCAGGAAGUCUCCAUCUCGAUCAAGAAGUCGGUCUCCUGUCAUUUGGAAUUCUCCAUGGAGAAGGCUAGGGGCUGGAAAUAGCGGUAAUACCUUCUUUAGGCACCGAAGUAGAUCUCCAAAUUUUAGGCCUGAGGCCAGAAUGCAAAGACUAAGGUCACCACAGCAACAACCUGGCUCCGGGCCUGACCAUGCUGGUGGUUUUAGGUCAAUUUCAAGAAACCAUGGAUCUCCUCCGCGUAACCGAUGGAGUUCUGCUCGGAAGGAUGAGCCAGGUAGUUUUAGGGAGCUAGGUUACAAGCAGCGGAACUCUGCUCCAGAUAGAUCACCAGGGAGAAUUCGCUUGAGGGAUGACAGAGGUACCGCAAUAGAUUCCCCACGAAAUCUGAAGCCUGAUGGGUAUUAUAGAACUUCAGAUAGGAUUCCCGAUGAUGCUGGUAGAGGAGUUAGAUAUGAGGAGAAUUUUGGAGAAAGAAGGAAACAAUAUAAUCUCCUUCGUCCUGCGAGGCGUAACUUUGAUGAUGGCAUGGCAAAUAAAAUGCAUCAGGAUAUUAAUGAUAGUUUCUCCAUGACUAAUGGUUUUCGGGAUAGAGAUGUUUCAAGUUUGCAGGACAGAGGGUUAAGGGGUAUAGAUAGCCGCAUUGGCGAUGGUCCUAGGAGGUUUAGAGGGGAAAAUCAUUCUGUCAUAUAUGAAAGAGAUGGAAAAUUUAAUCCUAAUUCAAAGCAAUUUGGGGUUGAUGUCAUGGAUUCAUCACAUAAUUCCAAGUGUGAGGAACAAUAUCGACCCAAUUAUGCUGGAAGAUUUUCCGACACCAAUGGAUCCAAUAGAGGAUGUCGAUAUGAGAACUACCAAGACAGACGAAAACACUAUGGUCAGCCUAAUAUCAUGAGGCGCACUGAUAACGAGGAUCCAGAAAAGAGGUUGGAUCAUGACGAAACUUUCCAGGAUACUCCAGAGUUUGGUAGCAGGGUUACAAGGGAUUGUGAUGGACGAAUUGGAAGCUUAUCCACAAGCUUCAGGGAAGAUGAAGAGCCAGUUGUGUGUGGACAAGAGGAUAAACUUGAUGACAACCCACUAUCGGUUGGUGUGCAGAAUUGUGGUGGUGAUGAUGCUACAAAGGGAGUUGUUCCUUCAUAGCUUUGACCUGUGGUUUUGGUCUUCGUUUGGUAUCGAAAGAUCACUGGAAAUUAUUUAGUCUCUCUUUUUUUUUAAAUCUUCUUGAUGUUACCCCAACAGGAUAGAUAAUGCCUGCAAAUUUUUGUUGGGGUGCUUUUUAUUAGUCUACAUUGGCCCUUGACAAAAAUUUAGGUGGGUCUAGGAAUUUUUUUUGAAUCCAGAUACCAUUUUCUCAUUGAAUGCGAUCUUUAUCUUUGGCAUUUCCUGCACAUGUAACUCUUGACGUUAUUGCUCUAGGGUUGAAUCAAUGAAAUUUUUGGGGGCUCAUCUUGAUUUACAUUUUCCUGAUUUCUGAUUUUUUUUUACUUACCUUUGAAUUUACUGCUGUGAAAGAUGACUGAGGGGCUUGGCAAAAACAUACUUAGCAAGAAGUCCAUCACACGUGUUCUCUUCAGAGAUAUUAUACAUUGAUCAGUUGUUUAGAAAUGCUAUAUAGUGCCUUUUGUUAUUAUUUUCAUUGCCAGGUGAUGUUAAGCGUAGGCGUUAAUGAGUUGAAAUAGGGCAGUGACAGCCUUUAUAGGGCUUUAUGGUUUGCUGUUAUCAGUUGGAUUUUAGCCAUUACAGGACUUAUUUUCUUUCAUGGCUUAAGGCAUGUUGCUAUCUGGCACAAAUAUGCAAUACUGAGAAAAUCACAGUUGGUGUUUUGGGCAGUGCAUUUAUCCAUACUUUGAGCUUAUGACUGUAUACCUGGCUGUCAAAAGUUCCACACAGAACUUGGGGUCUUGCAUGUUGCCUGUCUGCUGAAGUUUGCAAAGCUAUCACUUUUAUCAUCUUUUUGGCAAGGUAUCCCUCUGCUUAAAUGCUUGAAGGAAUGUACAUUGCUGUGAACUCAAAGGCUAAUAGGCUGUCUUGUGGAGAAUAACAUCAUUUAUACACUUUGUUGUCUGAGAUCAGUGUGGAAUAAAGGUGAGUGCUCUGUUCUUUGUUAUUUACCCUUUGGUUUGUCUAAUAUCUGGAACUUUGCAACAUCUGAUGGCGAAAAGCUAAAUCCUAAUUGCAUCUGAUAUUGUCUGUUGUAUUGUUAGUUUUGAGCAUUGAAGAGGUGUGUGAAAGUAAAAAAGGGUAGCAAUACAGGAUUCCCAGCCAACCAAUCAUCUAUAAGCUGCUCACCUGCUCAAUGAGCUGAAUAGCACUUCUAGUUGAGGUUAGUAACAGGUUUCGGAAAACCUCGCCAGCUUUAAGUUUUACUAAUACAGGUAUGUAGCUUCUGUACUCUGGUAAUUCUUGUGCAUAGUCCUAGUUGGCUGAUUAGGUAUUAUUUUUCUAUUAAAAACUUUGGUUGCACCUUCUGUAAUGUUUUGUUCUAAAUUCCUGCCUAAACAAAGGUUGAUGAAGGUGUACACAAUUGCACAAGUGCUUUCUGUUGUCAAGAAAUCAGUUUGGAUUAUGUGUUUGUUGGUUGGUUGUGCAUAUUUUCUGUCCUAGAAUUAUUUAGUGUAUUGAGGGAAAUGUAUGCUUUUCAAAGUUUAGCAAGAAAUUAAUAGUUGGUAUUUGAGUUUGCUAGGUUAGCUAACAGAUUUAUUUGCUGUGAAUUUGUGAUUCACUGAGUGUUUUCUCUGUUUCUUCACUUUUCAGAAAACGGAUGUCAAUAAUAAAAAUGGAUUUCUCUGUUUCAUCUACUUUGCCUCAUUUAUUACCUUUGCUAUAUGUCAUGUAGUUCUGUGGUUGCUUGUUCUGUACCAUCGGCCCAUCGGGUUCUUCAUCAGCUCGACUCGCCAGUUAAACCCGAAGAUUGGAUUUUUUUUUUUUGCUGUUUUAAAGGCAGGCCUUUGAUUUUCUCUGGUUCGUACCUCCUAUCAGAGACAGCCCUUCUCUGAAUUUGUUUCGAGGAUAAUGUGGAUAUUGUCUACAGGCGGAAUAUGUAUAGGAAACCGUAGUAUAUUAGUACAGGCACCAAGGUCACUUUAAGACUGCUGAUGUUGAGCAAUGCAGAGAAACAUCCUGUAUCUGAAAAUAUUAACCGCUGGUGCUUAUAUUCAUCCGAAGUGGGUUUGAUCAAACAGUGGUAUCAAGGAGUUGAGAGAGAGCAUUGGAAUGUGAUACGUCACAAUCAAGGACUUGAGUACUCCGUACGUUAGGUUUGGAAGUUUGUUUCUAUUAUCCAUGUUUUUUUAUUAUAGGCAGUUUUCCAGUGUUUUCGUGGUAUGUUGGAUCCUGAAUAAAGCUCUUUCCAUGUAACAAGUAAUUUCACAAAUUUGGUGGACUUGUUUUUAUGACAGGUCACAAAUUGCGAGGAUUGAAGAGGAACUUCUCAAACGAGUGAAGCCAAAAGCAUUAAAGUUGCAAUGAAGAAAUUCAUAAAUUCUUUAAAAAAUGUCAACCUGUUUAGAUGCCAAAGUUCUAAGGCUAUGAAGACUUAGAUUUAAUUUCAGAGAAAUUCUUCAGGUUUAAAGUAUCAAAAGGUUUUGGGCCUAUUGCUUUCUGAUGGAACAGAACUAUAGAAGGUAUAUUUUAGCAUGAGGAUUCGAAAGCAAUGGUACCAGUUGGUAUGUGGACCAUAUCAGGCAUUUCAAUACGAAUAAUGCUGUCGUAAACUCGUAAUGGUACAUUAUGUUAUUAGCUUCAAUCUUGAAUGCACUGGAGCUCUUGAGGGCGACAUACUUCUCUUUAGCAUUGUACAUUUUCUACUGAUGUAGUGGGUUUUUGCCUGUUUUGAUGGAAGGUUCAGGCUGAUCGGCUACUAUACCUUUUAUAAUUAGUUCUGUAUUCUGACCA